GAACAACCCAGUUCGUCGAGGCUGUUCUUUGGAUCGGUUAUGAUUAACAUUGAAUGCAUAUUGCAUCCGUCUUGUUCCACUUUUUGUGCCUAUCCUUAAUCCAUGAAUCCCUGGCCUUCCCAUUCAUCUCUUUGAUUCCCCUUACUGGUGCUUUGGUGGCUUUUCUGGCGAAGGAUUGGCUUGAGUGCCUUAUGAGAGAAUGUUGUUCCCAAGCGAUUUGGUUUAAUCAAACUGGUUUGAAUUACUCGCUGAACCACCUACUCCAUGGACAGCAUAUUGCAACGGAGCGAGUUUUUCAUCAUAUAUCCGCUCAUAUGCUGGAUCCUCACCCUUCAAAGGCUCUUGUGUUAUCAUUUCAUGGCUAUACUGGGGUCGGGAAAAAUUUUAUAUCCAGCCUCAUUACGAGCAAUCUUUUCAAAUCUGGUACCAGAAGCCGGUUCUAUCACUUCUAUGAUGCAACCAUACACUUUGCUCAUCAUUCCAAGCUGGAUGAAUACAAGAUCAAGCUUCAGCAAGAGUUGCACGAUGCUGUUGCUGCUUGUCCAUAUUCCUUGUUUGUCUUCGACGAAAUGCACAAUAUGCCUAGCGGCGUUCUCGAUGUUCUCGCCCCGUUUUUGGACUUCCGGGAAUCGGUUGACGGAGUGGAUUACCGAAGGGCCAUUUUUUUGUUUCUGAGCAACGCUGGCGGCAAUAUCAUAAAUCGCCACCUGUAUGAUCAUUUAAAAGGUGGCAAGAAACGCUCGGAGCUGCAAUUCAUCCAAAUAGACCGCCCCCUGGCCCGAUCUGUUUUCAACAAUGAAGGUGGUCUUCGGUAUUCGGACCUUAUUCAAAAACAUCUCAUCACAGCAAUGAUUCCUUUUCUUCCUCUUCAAGCGGAGCACAUCCGGUUAUGUGUGCGCGAUGUUACUGUACAGCGGGGUGUGCCUUUCACAGAAGACUUGGUCAAUUUUGUACUUGAGGAAUUGGAAUGGGCCCCCGAGGGCACUCAGUUCUUCUCUGUGUCUGGAUGUAAACGUGUCUAUGAAAAAGUCGCAUUUUACCUGCAACAUCAGCAAUAGCAUCCAUUGCUCUGCCUUAGGCUGCUUGCGUUUUUAGAUCCUUAUGGAGACUUUCCACUGUCCUGCGGAUGAUUCCCUACUUUUCAUCUUUCUCCCAGUGCGCGAUUCUAUCCUAAGAAUCAGUGUAUGGUUUGUAUAUUUACGUAUUUAUUUUUGUACAUAUAUAUAUGUUAGAUGAAAUCCACUUUCUGUUACUCAAAAUGCCUUGUCACAACACGUCUGGC